GUUACAAUAGUCUUUAUCGAUUCGUUUUCGAAUUUUACUUCAAUUUUCCAUUUUCAAUUUUGUUUUUUAAAUUUUUUUUAUUUUGUAUUGUAUUAAAAAAAAUGAAACAAAAUAUUUGAUCAUUGUGGCAUUUUUCGAUAGCCUAUCGUUAAUUAAAUAAACCUGUUGUUCCUCAUAUAAAACUGCGUUGACAUUAGAUUUUUUUAUAUUUUCAAAAUACCAAUUCUUCACAGUUUUAUCUACUAUAAACAUAUGAAUAUUGCUCGAGUGAAUAGAAGUACGCUCAACACGUGAAUGAUGGGUAUCACGGUAUGGACUUUAAGAUUCAUCGUUUGCCUUCUUUGUUGUCAAGCAUCUUUGGCAGAAUUGAAACUUGUACAAACGAUAUUUAGACAUGGAAACAAAAUGCCAUCGCAGGUCAAUAUUUAUCCUAACGAUCCUUAUGUUAAUUAUACUUACGAGCCAGCCGGAAAAGGAGGUUUAACAAAUGUUGGUAAAACAAACAUGUACAAAGUUGGCCAAUUCUUUCGAGAAAGAUACGAGGAUUUCUUGGGAAAAAUUUACACGAAAGAAAAUAUUUGGUUUCGCGCGGAUGAAGUAGAUAGAACUGUAAUGAGUGGGCAACUCGUGGCAGCUGGACUAUAUCCACCUUCAGAAGAACAAAGGUGGAAUCCAAAUUUGAAUUGGCAACCUAUACCUGUAUGGACAAUACCAGCUACUAUGGAUUGUCUUUAUACCACUCCAUUUUCUUCAAAAUUUCAUACGAUGAGAAACUUAGUGGAAGAAACGGACGAAGAUGUGAUACAAUUUGAAAAAGACAAUAAAGAUAUUUAUAAAUAUUUGUCCGAACACACGGGUGGUAAUGUCACACAGUCAAAAGUGUUUUCAUUAUAUCAAUAUUUAUUCGCACAGAAAGAUAUUGGUUUAGAAUUACCAGAAUGGACGAAAUCGGUUUUUCCUCACGGAAAACUUGACGAAUUAGUUAUAUACGACAUUUUGAUUCGUACUCGUACUUUAGAAUUGAAGCAAAUAUUAGGUGGAUUAUGGAUUCGCGAAUGGUUAAAUCAUGUUAAUGAUCAUAUAAGUAAAAAAGAUACGCGAAAAGCAUUUAUGUAUGCGGCACAUGAUUUAAAUAUCGCAUAUAUACUUUCUGCAUUGGAUAAUUUCGACAACGAAAUUCCUUACUAUGGUAAUAGUCUGAUGUUUGAAUUACACGAAGACGAUAAUGAAUAUUAUGUUCAGGUACUUUACAAAAAUAAGGAUAAUAUUCGAGUUCUUAAAUUUUCUAAUUGUGAUACCAUGUGUCCAUUAGAUGAAUUCAAGAAAUUUGUAAAGCCUUUAAUAUCGAUUAAUAUGGAAGAAAUAUGUGAACAAAAAUAAAGGAAUACAUAUAUUUUCCUCAA